UGCCGAUUUACGCGGGAACCCUCUUCUUCAAAACCCAAUUGCAGCUUCACUAUCGAGUUUUCUGCAUGCCCUGGGUUGGGAAGAACAGUGCAAUUUCAUGCUUGAAAAGCAGAGACUACAGUUCAUCAGUUCCAGCUAGGUACAUUCCAAAGAGAUCUUCUGAAGUUAAAAAAUCGGAAACUUCAUUGUCGACAAAGGGUUCUGGUAGAAAAGAAUUUCGCGAGCUUUCGGAUGGUUUUGCAUUGAAGAAUGAGGUUAAACAUGGGAGAAGUGAUUUACAGAACUAUAGGGACUUUGAUAAGAAAUUUCCCUACAGUAACUCAUUGUCUAAUGACGUUGAGCAAGCAUCGUCAGAGCUGGAAGAUCAGGUUGAUAAUCUUUCAGGGGUUGUAGGUGAUGAUGAACUGAUGGACGAGCCUGAAGAGGUUUCCGAAGAGUUGAAUCUCUUGCAGAAUAGUAAAACUAUGCAUGAAGUUGAAAAAGCAGCAAUUGAAUUACUUGCCGGAAGGGCUUUCACCGCAGUUGAAUUGAGAAAGAAAUUAUGCCGAAAGGGAUUUUCUCUUGACGCCAUUGAAGCAGUGAUUAAAGAUCUCAUAAAAAGAGGGCUAAUCAAUGAUAGCUUGUAUGCGGAAGCAUUUUCACGUUCUAGAUGGUCUUCCUCAAGUUGGGGACCAAAGAGGAUAAAGCAAGCACUAUUCACCAAGGGGGUUAGUGAAGUUGAUGCUCAGAAGGCAAUUAAACUGGUGUUUGAGGAUAGAGAAUCGGAUGAGGAUGGAGGAUCAAAUGAGGAUCAGGAGUUAAUUCAUGGCAUGUCAAAGCCGUCAAUGGACCACCUAUUUGUUCAGGCCUCGAAACAAUGGCUUCGAGGCCGUGAAGUUCCUAAAGAGACGAGGAAAUCAAGGAUUGUCCGUUGGCUUCAAUAUCGUGGCUUCAACUGGGGUGUUAUUGGGUUUAUAUUAAAGAAGUUAGAGGCUCAGCACCCACCCUAGAACACAAUAAGGCUAUCUUAUUUGCAGGCCGUAUGAGAACAAAUGCUGUUGUCCAUCUCAUUAGGCAUCAACUGAAAUGCAAGUUGUGUAGUAUGGGUAAUGUUCCAAUCUCUGUUGUCAAUUGUUGCUGUAGCCAGAGAACUAGUCACUUUAGACCUUAUCAGAACAUAAAGGUUGCAAUAGCCGACUCUGGCACCUAGAUUUGAUGGGUUGAAGACUUGAAGCCUACACUAAUGACAAAAUAGAUAGAGAAGGGCAAGAGGUGGGCACUACUUAGCUGUUGUUGGUAGGAUCACCAUUUUUGGAGCUGAAAGGUGAAAACUUCAUGUACUCAUGUACUGUAAAUUAAAUCUCCAAUAAAACUUGGUUGUUUCUGUUGC